AUGAGCGCGCCCGAGCCCCCGCCCGCGGCGCCUGCCGAGCCCCCUGAACCCCCCGCGCCCCCCGCACCCCCCGAGCCCCCCGGGGCCCUGCGCGCGCUGCUUUUGGCCACCGGCGGCGUGGGGGGCUCCUGGCCGCGCUGCGUCCUGCCGUUCGGCGCCGUGACCCUGCUGGCCGGCGCCGCCGCCACGGCCAUCACCUUCUCGCUGCGCGGACCCCACCUGGACCUGGAGCAGGGCGUGGCGCUGACCACGCUGGGCGCGGGCCUCGGGCUCCUGGCCGCCGCCUUCCUGUGCUGGCGCGGUCGGCGGCAGCGGCGGGCUGGGCGCGCGGGGCCGCGGGAGCCGGGGACGUCCUGA